GUUGGGCUUAAAAGAAUCAUGAACUUGAACUCUAGCACUUGUUCUUGUUCAUACUUUGUUUGGAAUAUUCCACAUCCAAAUAUAUUUCUAGAUAUUUCCAGCAGAGUUGGAAUGGUUUUGCAUCUGAUCUAAUUGUUAGUGGAUACCCACACACACACAUAUAAUUUCGUCUUUGACAUGGGUACUGGAGUUCAAAAUCAAGAGAGUGUGCCAAAGAACCUGAAGAAACAGCUUGCUCUUGCUGUGAGGAACAUCCAAUGGAGUUAUGCAAUUUUCUGGUCCAUUUCAACUAGACAGCCAGGGGUCUUGGAAUGGGGUGAUGGUUAUUACAAUGGAGAUAUAAAGACGAGGAAAACAGUUCAGGCUGUAGAGCUCAACGCUGACCAACUGGAUUUGCAGAGAAGUGAGCAACUGAAAGAACUUUAUGAGUUCCUCUCGUCUGGUCAAACUAGUCCUCAGGCUAGAAGACCUUCAGCAGCAUUAUCUCCUGAAGAUCUCACAGAUACUGAGUGGUAUUACUUAGUUUGUAUGUCAUUUGUAUUCAACAUUGACCAAGGAUUGCCGGGAAGAACAUUGUCUAGUGGUCAACCUGUUUGGCUUUGUAAUGCUCAUUGUGCAGAGAGUAAAGUGUUCAGUCGUUCAUUGCUUGCAAAGAGUGCAUCUAUUCAGACCGUAGUAUGCUUUCCAUUUUCAGGAGGUGUGAUUGAGCUUGGUGUAACUGAUUUGGUAUUGGAAGACUUCAGCCUCGUUCUGUGGAUUAAAACUUUGUUCUUGGAUUCUCCACAGCCAAUUGUCUCUAAUAAACCGAUUCCUGUUUCUGGAAAUAAGAAUGAUCUUGUGUGUCCAUCUCUUGAUCCUCUGAUCAUUGACACCGAACUGAGUCCAAUAUUAGGAUGUGAACAUCUAGAAACGGCUUCUCCCGAUGUUAGUCCGGAUGGCUUGGAGCCUAACCAACCAGGAGAAUAUUCUUUCUUGGUUCAAGGGAUAGAUGGCGGAGCUUCUCAAGUACAAAGUUGGCAAUUCAUGGAUGUGGAGUUCAGCAAUUAUGCACACCAUUCAUUGAAUUCCAGCGACUGCAUUUCUCAAACUUUUGUGGAUCAUCGAAGCAUCAUUCCUCUUGGCCAGGAAGAAAAAGAUAAUGGCAAUGGUUUGCAAGAUGUUGAUGAGUGCAAUCAGACAAAACUGUCAUCUUUUGGUCUUCAAAAUGAUGAUCUUCACUUUCAUGCAGUUCUUUCGGUCAUAUUGAAGGGCUCACACCCCUUGAUUUUAGGACCACAGUUUCAAAACUCUAACAAGGAAUCCAGCUUUUUCAGCUGGCUGAAAAAUGGCUUGGUGAAGCCUCAGAAAGCAAGGGAUGGAACCCCUCAAAAGUUAUUAAAGAUGAUAUUGUUCUCUGUUCCUCAUAUGCAUGAUAGAAGAUUGCCUGAAUCUCCUGAAGCUAAUGGUUUUACAGAUGCAGUUUGGAGACCAGAGGCUGAUGAUAUUUGCGGAAACCAUGCAUUGCCAGAGAGGAAGCGGAGGGAAAAAAUAAACGAUAGGCUUAUGAUUCUCAAAUCAAUUGUCCCUGCAAAUAGCAAGGCUGAUAAGGUCUCUAUACUAGACAGUACAAUAGACUACCUACAAGACCUUGAGAGAAGGGUUGCAGAGUUGGAAUCCUGCAGAGAGUUAACCGAGUUAGAGACAAGAACAAAAAGAAAACCUCUGGAUCACGUUGAACGGACAUCUGAUAACUAUGGCAAUAACAAAACCACCAACGUAAAGAAAUCAUCCUUCAGUAAAAGGAAAACCCGUGACGCUGAUGAAGUAGACGAGGAGAUUGACCAUGUUGCAUCUAAAGAUGGUUCAACUGAUAAUAUUACUGUCAGUAUGAACAAAAACGACUUUCUAAUUGUGCUCAAAUGUCCAUGGAGGGAAGGAGUUUUGCUUGAGAUAAUGGAUGCACUAAGCAUUCUCAGCUUGGAUUGCCACUCAGUUCAGUCGUUUACCAAUGGGGGGCUUCUGUCCCUGACUAUAAAAUCCAAGUUCAAAGGAUCAAGUGUUGCAGAAGCAGGAACAAUCAAGCAAGCAUUGCAAAGAAUUGCUUGGAAGUAUUGAAGCUUAUCACUCAACCAUAGAGC